CGCGGUUACCGGGGCCAGGUGAGCUGCUGCGAGGGAGACCCGCGCUACAACAAAAAAAAACAGGCCUGACCGGGAGCGCAUUGCACCGAGAGAAAGUCCAAGUCGUCGAGUGAAAUUCAAAAGAGCCCCGAAGGCGCUGCAGCUCCUGCCGGCGGGGUCGCCCGAACACCACGACGCGGGCAUGGCCCAGCGCACAUGGCCUCACCCCACAUGCGAGCGUGCACCGGCCAUGGCCCAUCGGAGUAAAGCAGUCGGCGGAGGGCAGCGAUCGACGGCGGCCUUCGGCACCGGCACCGGCGGGGGGGCGGGCGAAGUUUUGCCGUUGCCAGCGCGCACCUCAGCGAUGGUUUUGAACGCCAAAUUGGUGGCGCUGGCCGUGGCUGUGGCGCUGGUUUCCUUGGUCCUCAACAAUGUGGCGGCGUUCACGGCCAACUGGGUCUACCAGAGUCUCGAGGAGGGUCGUCGGCGGAGCGUGGGACUCUGGCGCAUGUGCUACGCCGGAACGGAGGCGAGCGGCGGAGCGGCAGCGCAGGGCGGCGAGACCCCCGGGGAAAGGCAGGAGGAGCAGAGGGGGCCCAGCGUGCCGUGCGUGAACUUGGGCUGGGGGUCUGACCCUGCGGGAUACCUGGAGUCGCAUGCCACCGUCAAGCUGCAAUUCGACAUGAUGCGGGGGUGCAACCUGAUUGCGAGUGCUGCCCUCUUCCUCGGCUUGCUGCUCUACGUGUUAGCGUGGGCCCGGUCGCCCUGCCUCAACCCCAACACGGACUGGUGGGAGGAGGCCAUGGCGGGUACCUUCCAGCUGGCAUGCUUCGUGCUGGUGAUCGGUCUGGCCACGUUCUUCCGCGUGGGGCCCUACACGCAGCUGGCGUGGUCCUGCUACGUGGAGGUGGUGGCGUGCCUCCUGGCCACCGCCGCCGCCGCCAUGCUCAUCUGGGACGUCAUGCAGCUUCCCGACGAAUGCCUGCCUCCGCGGCAGAACAUCAUCAUCCGCCACCCGCUGCCAUCGCCCUGCCCGCCCAGGCCCAACUUCCAGAACGAGUACGUGGAGACUCCCUGCUAGUCCCCGCUAGCCCCGCUGGCCCCUGCGAAGGGUCUCGGUAAGGAGAGGGGGUUGCCGCCUCUGAGGUACACGCACAAAACCUGGACAUAUCACGGGAAGAAGAAUAUUUCGCAACACCGGAAGAGGGGAGCGCUACGCGCAAACGCAUUGUCUCCAGCGCUGCAUGAUUACGCGAUGGACAAAAGCCGGGACUUUUCAUGCACCGGGGAAGACUUGUAGAUUUCCCAGGACGGUUACCUCGACAAGAAGACGAUGCUGGAAAAAACACCAGGACAAGUGGCAACCCUUGGUCUCGGCCGGAGGUGUUUUACAUCAGAAGGGCAGAAACAUUUCCCCUGCUCCCCCCGGCUGCCGCCACCUUCCCCCCCCCCCCCCGCCGACUCCACUGCUUCCACAGCUACGAGGGAUUAGAGGAGCCAAGUUUAGUUGGUCCUACCGUGGUGGCAGGACUUGAAAGUGUUUUGGCGAGGGCCCGCGAGGAACCAAACCGAGCGACUCGAUUGGACAGACUUCUCUGCCACCUGUCGCUUCGUGGCGAUUUGACAGAUCCCCGUGGUGGUUUGCCCGAUGGGCCUUUAUGCAAACUCGCAUGAGGUUGUGGAGGGGGGAGGGGUGGGGGGGGGCUCACGGUGUCUCACGCACGCAGAACGUCCACUGCGUAAGUGCGGCUCGCGCGGGAGAAAUCUCAUCGCGGGCUCGCCGUCCUGAGAGGCGCGCGUGCCCUCCGUGUAUGCAAUUAUUUAUGUUAUAAAACACACACACGCACGCACGCACUGCACACGUCUGUUUGCCAUUCAGAGGGUGCCGUGUCCCACCGUUCAAAGUAAAGAACGGCGUCGUUCUUUUCCGCGCUACGUAUGGUGUGAAAGAGGUUCAACGUUCAUACGUCGUUCAACAACUUCGUGAAUCUGUCGAGCUUUACAGACCUGGUCAUUGGCUCAUCCAUUCUACCAAGUUGCUGGUCACAAUCGGAAAGCAAAUUCACUUGUUUUCUUCAAUUAUUAUACCAAAUAAGACGUAUUGGCGGUACACCGGCCCUCGUAAAACAAUCUAAAAUCUAUAUUUGCACCGACAUUCAGUCUUCCAACUGCUUCGACAUGACGAGAACUGACCCCGCAAGAUUUUCGGAACGGGCUUUGCGAAUCGCGGGUAAAAUAAAUAAUAAUUGCGAACAAUUUUUAUUUUUUUAUUUUACAUAUAUACCACCCGCCACCGGUGUUCCGCCAAUACGUUCAAAUGUCAGCCCUUUGCUGGACGAUGGCCUCCCCGUGCCACGUCCAGCACGGGUCUGGCUUGCUUUGUCGUCGUCACUUUCACCACGACGAUCGUUGUCACGCCGCCGUGGUGGGGCAGGCGGAGCGGACGAGCUCGGAACGGCUUCGAUGUCCCUCGCCACCGACGUCAGAUCCCUGGCCGGGGUUCGAACUCGGGUCGACGGGGCGUGGAUCGUGAUGCAGACCACGAAGCCGCCGCUUAAAUUGAAGCUGAGCGGCAAUGGGUUCUCAACUUUAAAGGAGAGGUUUGUGUUGUUGUUGUUUUUUUGUUUAACUCGUGGAGUAAACUCAAUGGGAAAACAGUUCUCCGGUAGCCUUCGUACAAUUAGAUGAAACUGCGAUCUUAAUUGAAAAUACGUUGACAAAGAUCUCCAGGGGAUGAUGGGGCAGAGCAGCGCAGCGUCCGUGUGCUGCGAUUCUGCUCGUACGUCGGACCCUCGAGUUUUGCUGCACCUGAACAUCGAGCACAACCGUACGACGAAAAAAAACCGCAACUAAUAUUGUGUUAAACAACUAAUAUUGCCAACGGAUUUUCGUUACCUUUGUACCAACUGGGUCUGAAUGAAAACGAAUGAAAACGAAUGAAAACUCGGAAGCUCGUGGCAGUUGAACUUUUUUUUAGCGAGGGAGGUGGUUGGCAGGGGGAGGGGGGGGGGCAGGGGGGGGGUCAAAUGACGGCCCUUGCUGUCGGCGAACAAUGGACUAUGGAUUACGGAAGUUUGGAGAAGCAACUUUUAUACCCACGGGACUUGCCAGACAACAACCACAGCCCCCUUACCCACCUCCGCCUUACCCCCCCCCCCCCCCCGCCGCCGCCACCCCACCAACCUUAACUUGCUGCAAGAGUUUGUCGAACGCACAGAGAAUUAUACGAGAUGAGGUAUCGUACGAGAUUCUACGUAACCGUCGAGCAUCGGAUGAGUCGCUGCUGAUGGCACGGUGAUGCUAUGGCCCGGCCGGUUUUUCGCGCAACUGUUCAAACGGCGAGACCUGUCCCAAGGAUUCUGCCGCGCCUGUUGUGUGUGCAUAUCCCUGUGCAUCUUCGUGAACGAUAAAAACAUUGUUUUUAACCAGGUAAGGUCCACUGAGCUUAUACGGCUCUUUUUCAGAAAUGGUAGCCAAAUGAAGUGUCCAUCCUCCGCACCUCCGAUUCGCACGGUUGGCUACGUACGGUUGGCUACGUAUGAUGCGUGAGAAAGAACAUACGCACAUGUGCAUACAUACAAGUGGCUUAUCAUGUGGAACGUCAAUUCUGUACGAAGGUGCAAUUUGAAACGAGCGCGCUUGCAGCCACAUUUCCAGACACGUUCUGCAUCAGAGGCGGACGCUUUAGGUGGAUAAACUCCAGCUCCGGAAAUUAAAAUAUCGGGUUGACUGUCAUGCAACGUAUGAGUAGCACUUACCACAAUGCAGCGGUAAGUGCUGCCCCUUUACCACGUGUCGACCAGAGGUGGCUUGAAGGGAUCUCAGGGAGUAACCCCGUGAUAUCUGCUUCCGUGGGCUGGGGUCACACUGCUCUGGGAAAGAUCCGAAAGGAUACUUUGACUUAUGACGCCACCGCCAGCAGCACAAUCGGGAUAACAUUGGGGGGGGGGGGGGGGGGUGUGGAAGGGAAAUGACAACAACAAAAUCAGUACAGGGGCUGAGUGAGAGUUCAAAAGUUCAUAAAAUUGUUUGUCUUACGGUGUUAAAACGCACACUGCAUUUGUGACCUACGUGUGUAUGUUGAACUUCUUUCGCACCGUACGUAGCUAACCACGCUAAUUUGAGGAUGCGGGCGAAGGACAACAACCUAAACACAAAAAAGCAGUUCUGAAUAAAUUAGUUUUCAAUCUAAAUAAAAAAAAUGCAUAGCCUCCAGUGGCUUCCUAAUAUCGGAAGGAAGAGCGUUCCAGACGGCCACAAAAACGCAUCUGAAAAAGCGCGCGAUGCGGCGACCGAUAAAAAACGGCAAAGCAGCAAGCGGAUGCACGAGACGCACAGCAGCGCACAGGCAACGCAGAGUGGACGGUUGAGAGUAGAUUGAUGUCGGAGCUGAAAUCUGAGAAUCACAAUUAAGCGACAUUCAUCUGAGGAGCCGGACAGCCAGUGCAUCUUUCACCGUCGGUCGAAAACAAUCAUUACCCCCCCCCAACCCCACCACCGUGUUCACUCUGAGCUUUGAGCUACUGAUUGAAGGGAAAAAAUGUACCUUUACUUUGCACAAGGAUGAGGUGAAGUUAAGGUGUUCACACUUUAUUUAUUAACGUUAUUUUAAAGGCUACCUAACAUUCAAUAGUUUUUCUAUCUCGCACUCUACGUAUGUUAGUCCACCUGCAGUAGAGUUGGACUCGUCUCCGGUUCAGCAUCCUGGGGGGACAAGGAGCCGACAGACACGGGCGGUUAGCAAACUUUGUAAAAAUGGCAACAAAAAAAAUAACAACCGUGUAUUAUAGUAUUUAAAUCGGUGGGCUGUUAUAAUCGUUGGACUGUUAAUGUGACGAUUGUUUAAAACGUUCAGCCGUUGGGCAAUAAGCAGUUUUGAGAAUGGCAUAUCAAGGGGUUAGCAAAGACAAAUAAGACAAAGACCCCCCCCCCCCGGUAUAGCCUUAACAGGCUAUUGAGGGCAAGUGCUGUUAGCGAGCACCUAUGAAGGCAUCGACUCAUUCAAUGUCACCCGCAAGAGCAAGGCGCCAUGUCACGACUGGUAGGCAAGUAACGACGCAUCGAUUCAAAUAUAAAUUCGUACCCUCAAAUCGAUUACUUAAGGACAAAUGCAGAAGUCACGCGAAUUUUUGUUUUGCGAUACUGCGUUGGCAGUGCCUUCAAAGGGAAAAGUACGUGAUAGGUGACAGUUUUAGGAAAUGGGGCCUAUGAAAGAAGGCCUAUUAUAUAUUUGUUUCCUUUCAGGGCCACGCAGGGAUGUGUUGAGAUGUUGCAAACGUUACAAUUAGGACAAUGGAGCCAAGGACAGAAGCAUGACUAGACAGAGCAACACGAAAGCACGGACGAGAUGGUUAAAAUUAAACAACGGCAAUUGAUGUUGAAUCAAAUCGUGAUCCUGUAUCGUUAUGAGUAAAGGGGGCGGGAGCGAGGGGUGCGGUGGAUCGUGACACGACUGUUGAUUAUUAAACAACAAACCGAGGCUUCGCGAUAAAAAUCAACGGUAGGUUGAUUUGUUUCCAAAUCGUUUCGGAGCCUUCGCAGAGCAGUGCAUACGCAGUGUGCUCGGGGAUGGCCACGCGGAAGAAGACAUCGAAGAACUAUAUUCUUAGGUUUUUUCGGUAAAGUCACGUAGGUAAAAACAUUAAAAAGUAAUAUAAAAUAAAAAUCACGACGUUUCGGAGGCAACACAAGCUUCCGUCUUCAGGUGGUACCGUCACAGCCACGACAGCUAUAUCAAGUAAAUGAGAGAUUGCAGGAGCUACCACUCCGUUUAUAUAAUGGUUGGAGAAGGUGGUGGGGCAAGGGCCGCAUACUUUUUAAUGUUUUUACCUACGUGACUUUACCGAAAAAACCUAAGAAUAUGAAUCAUUGCAGUCACGAAAGCUUCAAAUCUAGACAUCCAAGAACUACUUCCAUUUUUUUAAACACCAUGUCAGAGAGGCACAAGUAUCCACAAUGCCUGCUGAGUGACCGUUUUGAAAUCUCAGAGCUGUAGUCAAAUUAGGUGAAAAUUCAAAUGCCAUUUGAUUUUAGUGUGCUAUCAUUGGUGACCAGGCCGAGAACCUCAAUUCGCUACACCUGAUAAAUCCGGUUGAAUCACAAGUGGCUGAAAUCCGGAUUUGAACCGAGGCUCUUCGCAGUGGCGUCUCAUUUCAUUGCUUUGGCCUCUGAGCCACCCGGCCACUCAAGUGUCCAAGACGUAGAAUAUUCUGAUAAAACGCACACAGCUUGUUUUUU